AUGUUGCGAAAAUGCGCGACGGCGCUGUCACGCAAAUUCUCAACGACGGGUGUUUUUCGAGUCUUGUCGCCGUCUUUUUCUCUUGAUCAGGUCAAUUGUUUUUCAAAAAAAAAUUGAAUAGUGCUUUUUAAAAAAAGCUUGUUGAUUUUUAAAUGUUUCCAUUUUUCUAAAACGGCUUGAAAAAAAUGUUUUUGUUUAAUUUUAAAUCUUCAAAUCGACUUUUCGAGCAGAACUUGAAGCUCUUUUUGCCGCUUUUUGUAAUUUUCUAACGGCAAGGAAAAAAAUUUAAAAAAAUUUUUUUCGCAUCCUUUGAAAAAAAUAUUUGCCAUGUGUUCAAAAAGUUUUUUUCGGUUUCAGACUGUUUUCGCUGAAUUUUUGAGACAGAUUUUUUUAGCAGAGGGUUUUUAUAGCUGAUUCACGGCUGGCUUGAGUCAUCGAAAAAAAGAAUAAAUGUUUUUUUCAUCAUAUGUUUUUUUAUAGGAAUGGACAUCAAGACAUAAUGAUUUGAAUCGUUUGGGUCUUGGUGGCGAUUACGAAUGGAUCAGCGCCGUUCAGAAAAAGUUUAUUGGCGGUGGAAUUGCUAGGUGAAUAAUUUUAAUUUUGUAGGAAUUUGGAGUUGAAAAAAAGCGAAAAGAAAAUAAAGGGAAAAAAAUGUGAGACUUUUUGUUCUUCUUUCCAUGAUAACUUAAUACAUAGUAAUAGAAUAGCCAAAUAUUUAUUUGAAAAUAUGUUAUUUUCAGUGCCGUCGACGUCGAUGCGGCUGUUUGCAUUGCCGAGCAAAAAGAUCAGGUUUGAAAAAGUUUCAGGAGUUGAAAAAACAAAAUUGACAGAAGGAAGAGGGAAUUUAUUCUAAUUUUUCACUUUUUUUGCUCAGGUCGAAGACGUCUUGGAGCUUCUCUACAAGCUGAGACACAGCGAAAAUGCCUCGGAUCUGGCCGAAUCGAGUGAAUACGCGAUCGUUCGAUUGCUACUGAACCACCAACCUGAAACUGUCUUCAAAUUCGCUAAUGAUCCGGUAUUUUCGAAUAAAAAUCAUAAAUCAAGUCUUUUCUCUUGAUUUUUAGAUCAAUUAUGGAGUUUUCCUAAAUGCUCAUGUCGCCUGUCUGGCCAUCGAUCACUUUCUGAAGGCCAAUAAUGUCCAAGGUGAGAACUUUCCAUCUUUUCGCUUGAUCGGAAGAUUGGAGAACGAGAAUUUGAAUGAUUUUAUUGGAAUAACAUCUGCUCGAAAAAUUCCGAGAAUUCAGCAAUUUUUUUACUUUCAAAAAUACGUUCAAAAUUCUGAAUACAUUUUUUCAUAAGAAAAGGAUCCUUUGGUGUUGUGGCGGAAAACAUGGUUUCCGAUCAGUUUUUUUUUUUUACUUUAUCAGGGAUUCAAUUUUUUUUUUUUUUAAUUUGUCAACCGAAAAAAAUUAACGCUUCAAAAAAAGGAACUUUCGCGUUUUCCGUUUCAACCGUUUCUUUGAUUCGUACUGCGACGACAAAAAAAAAGCCACUUUCCGAUUUCAUUGGAAAAUCUUAGAAAGCUAAUAUAAAGAUAACGGCUUUGAACUCGUUUUGCAAAAAAAGUAAACUGAAGUCUCCAGUGGAGUUUCAAUUUUUGAACUGAUUUAGGGAAUUCCCAUGAAUUUUAUCAUUUUAGGAGCCGCCCGACUUGUGUCUUGGAUAAUGCAACAAGAAGAUACGGACAAUGAGCUGGUGAACACGUUGAGUUUGUACGUUUGUGCCAAGUGGGCGGAACUGCCCGCGGACCAGCAAACGAUGCCUUUGCCCGUCGUCGACGAGGAGGAAGUCAACGACGACGAUAUCGUUCGUUUUUCUGAAUUUUAUCGACUAUAAAAAGCACAAUUCUGGAAAAAACGUUUAGUGGCCGUUAUAGUAGCCUCAUUAGUGGCCGUUUCAGAGUCAAGAAUUUAGCAAGCUCUUUAGAAGCCUCAGUGGUACUAAUAUACCUCUGAAAGUUUCAGAGGAUUCUAUAGAGGGAGUUUUAGUGGCCACUUUAGUGUCCUCUCAAGUGACCCCUAGUGUUUUCCCAGAUCAUAAUGUAAAAAAUUGAAAGAUCAAUGAAUAAUUGAUCAACGCCAGAGUGGUCCCCUAAAAGGGCAAUCUUAGGAGUUCACGAAAGUACUUCUAUAGGGAUCCCUCUUUCUAGAGGCAAGCUUGCAACAUGGUUACUCUAGCGGUUUCAUUUAUUUGCUCUAUAAGGGGAGGUAAAAUCGUUUAUUGUGAUGAACUCUCUGAGAAGAAGCUUUUUUCCUUGCGAAAAAACUCAAUAAAUUGACGUUUUUUGAAAAAUAAUAUUAAAAGAUGAUUAAUCGAUCAAGUUUUAUUGAAUACAUCUUUUUAAUUUUCAAAUCUCAACAAGAAAUCAAAAUCAUCAUCUAGGGACCUCUUGAGUUUUAGGAGACAGAGGCUAGACCCUAAACCUAUAGCGAAACCACCCAAAUUUUAUCUCUGUGGGGAGCAUUUUUUGUAACCUAUAGGGACCACUCUGCCGUGCUUAAGCAGUUCCUAACUCAAGAGUUUAUCCUCAAAAUGAUGAAAAAAGACAUUUUUCGAAUUUUGCCUCUCUGCUAACGUUCAUUUUCAGAGAACUUUCAAGUUCCCAUACCUCAAAAACGAGUUUUUCGAUUCACACUUUGAUCUGAACAAUCCCCAUCACUUGGUCGGCAAAUCUUUGUUGUGGAUCUCGAGGGACACGAAAUGCUUGGACGAGAAUUUGAGGACGAGUUUGAGACUUCUCGGUGCGGUUUUGUAUAGUCGGUGAGUGAUUUGUGAGCCUUUUUUGAAGGUCUUUAGAAAGAAAAAUCUCUUUUUUUAAUAAAUUUUUUUAUCGUUUUUAUAUAAUAAAAGAAAUGAAAAAAACAAGUUUUUGAAAGCAAAGGAUUGAAAAAAAUGAUACGUAGUUUUAAAAAAACCUUUUUAUUAAUUUUUUGCUGUAACAUUUUGUCUGAUUUUCAACAAAAAAUAGUUUUGAACGAUUAUGUCCAAUGACCAAGUUUUUUUAAGGCUCGACCUUGCGUCGACCUUGGCGUCCUCUUCAACGGCCCCUUCAGUUAUUUCCCUCGUCCGGAAGCAAUUGCAACCGACCGAAGAAGGGGCCGAACUCACGGAACCAGCCCAGAAAGUCAUUGAGAAGUUCGGCGAGCCGGCAACUUCGGCUGAACCGGCGAAAUCUUUGAGUUCAACGCUCCUUGAGCAAUUGGAAAAGGUUCGAGAAACGCGAAAUUCCGAAAAAUGAAUGGAGUUUUGAAGAUCCGCCCAAGCGAGGAGCAAAAGUUGGCCGAGCAACAAAAAGAGGAAUUUGGGCGGUGGAAUGAACGACGGCGGCAGUUGGCCAAGGCCCAGGCUGAACGGGUCCUUCUGAAGGUUUUCGAAGGGAAAACUGGGGAAAUGAUUAGUGGCCACUUUAGGGUUUUCGAAUUUUGUGCUGUUCCGAAAUGUUAUGAAGAAGAAAUUAACUCAAUUAAGUCUGUUUUUUGAAUCUCAAAUACAUUUUUGGAGAAAUUCCCAAAUUUUUCAUUAAUUUUUUUUUUGCAGAUUUAUGUAUACUUAUGACAUUUAAGGAUGUAGAUCUUGAAGAUUUUGAAGUGGUGGAGCUUUCAGGGGUUUUUUUAAAAAUCUCUUCUUGGGAUUUAUUUUUUGAAAAAGCUGCCUCCGAAAACUAAAUUUCAGAUCCGAGCCGAGGAGAUCAGAGCCGAGCUGAAUGAACUGGACAAGAACGAGGAGAAGCUCGGAUUCUUCGAGAAACGCCUGAUGUGGGAGAAAAGAGCGGCCGAAAACGAGGAAAUCGAACGAGAAGCUGCCGUUAGAAAUUCAAAGGUCGCUGUUCAAAAUUCCUAG